AUGAAGAGUAAUAAAGUAAAGAACCCUUGCAAAAUCUGUUGCGAAACAGUGUCAAGGAAAAAUGGGAUCCAAUGUCAAGGUGCGUGUAGAAAGUGGGCACAUUACAAAUGUCUGAACUACUCGCCUGGUAAAGUUCAAGAUAUAAAGUUGGGCAUCAUAAAGGUCACAUGCCCAUGCCCAGAUUGCGUCAUACCUUAUCCUAAAGAAUGUAUCCAGAUUCCACAAGAAUCAUGCGAAAAAAUACAAAGCCCUGUCAAUAAAAUGCCACGUUGCGAUUCCGCUGAUUGUCCCAAGAAUGUGGAAAAGCCCAUACCAUGUUACCCUGAACCCACUCCCAAAUGCAAUUCUUCGCAAUCGUUGGACCUUUGCGAACCUCCUCCUCCUCCGUGUCCACCUCCUCCGUGUCCACAACCAAAACCACCUACCAAUAAUAGUGUUACUUCUCCAAAAAGAGAUACGUCUCCUCCAAAACGUCCUUGUCCCCCUAAAACUGCAUUAAAAAAGAGAGUUUCGCCUAUAUGCCCUACAUCGCCCGAUGCCUUGACAAAGCCGUGCCCAGCAGCUUCCCCUCAAAAGUGCCCUUCCAAACAAAAUAUAUGUAAACCAUGUCCUAAAAGAUCGAUAUCAUGCUCUGAUAUGUCACAAGAAUCCAGUUGUGCAAAACCGUGUGAGGCUAUGAAAAGAAUUACGUCGGAUAUUCAAAUGUUGGGUAAUUUGGAGCGGCGAUCGAUAUUUUCCUGUAUCGAAAAUCUAUGCAGCACAGUUGGACAACUGUCGAACCAAGUUAAAGAACUCGUUUGCAAGAUGAAAGUAGCCAACUAA